CAGAAGGCACUGCGGUCUACGACAAGCGUUCGCGACUCGACAGCCGUUCUGGGGGCAUGCGCAGAGAGCCCGCGGGCUCCUAGUGGCGGCCCUGACGGGUCCUCGGACUUUGAUGGCAUUAUCUUUAAGUUUUCCUGCUGGUUUAAGGGAAAGCGACCGGCAGUUUCCCGGAAAGGAGACAAGAGUCUGGCUCUGGUAGUACGGGUUCGGAGACAGCGCUUUGGCCCGGGGAAUCCGCAGUCUGAAACCGGAGACUACCCGAGCCGCGGGCGAACCCCCUCCGAGGUCUGAUCAGGCAACCCUUCAGGAGGUGGGAAACCGAGGCCCUGCCUCCGGAGCCCACCUAAAGAUGACUCAAGACCAACCUUGGCUUGCUCUGCAAGAGGCCCUGAGGAAGUGCUUUCCCGUGGUGGAGGAGCAGCAGGGCCUGUGGCAGAGCACCCUGGGGGACUGCCAGCCCCUCCUGGCCUCCCUCAGCAACCUGGCCGAGCAGCUGCAGGCGGCACAGAAUCUGCGGUUUGAGGAUGUGCCUCCACUUCGGGCCUUCCCGGACUUAAAGGAACGGCUGAGGCGCAAGCAGCUGGCGGCUGGCGACACUGUUUUGGACAAGUUAGGGGAGAAGCUAGCCACCCUCCUCAAGGUGCGGGACACCAUCAGCAGGCACGUGGAGCAGGUGUUUGAGAUCUAUGAGCAGCAUGCAGACUCGAUUGGCAUUGAUGCUGUCCUGCAGGCUUCGGUGCUGAGCCCGUCUGUGGCUGACAUGUUGGAGUGGUUGCAGGAUAUCGAGAGACAUUAUCGACAUUCCAGCUUCCAUGGUUCACAGGCCAGAAACCCCACUUUGGUCUUCAAUGCUCUUCGUGUUCUGGUUCAACCUGCCUUCUCAGCCACCUUUCCUACUGCUCUACACACUGUUCCUUGCCGGCCAGAUUGGAGGAUUUCCUCAGCGCUGAAACCAAUCCAUGCUUCCCCACUUCUGUGCCUUUGCUUAUGCUCUUCCUACCAGCCAGAAUCUUCCUGCUGCUAAGUGGGAGAUACCCUGUUGAAUGUUUCCUUCUUCCUGGAAGAGUAAGGAAGCCACGUGUUUAUCAGCAGACUAGGGGGACACAGUUGAAGACCGACACUGGUGCUUUCUGGUAUGGUAACCUGACAUACUUGAAAAAUCAGUGCCUAGAGCCUGAGGACUGCAUUCUGAUGCUGGGGCCUCUCCCUGUGACAUCACGGCUGAGGACACAUGGGCCACCCCUUGCCCUUUCGAUGCUCGGCAGUGGAAGGAGGUAGAGAGAGAAUGCAGAAAAGGUGGUGCAGGAGAACAACGGGGCAGGAGCCACUGUCACAGAAGUGGUAGGGAAGGAGAGGGCAGGGAAGAGAGUGUGGCACCACCCUCAGCACCAUCCAAAGCUCUGAGCUUGAUUGACACCCGGGCCUGUUCUGUGUAUUUGUGUACGUACCUGAUUCCCUGAUGGAAGAUGAUUAUUCUUGAUGAUUUAAAGGAAUAAAGGUGAUAAUUGAUGGAAGACAGUACAGAUCUUCCUGGACUUACAGUGAGGUUAUCCUGAUAAUCCCUUUGUAAAUUGAAAAUAUUGUAAGUCAAAAAUGCAUUUAAUACCCCUAACCUACCAAACAUUAGCCUAGCCUACCUUAAGUGUGCCCAGAACACUCACAUUAACUUACAGUUGGGCAAAAUCAUUUAACACAAGGGCUUUUCAUUUUAUUUAUUUAUUUUUUUGAAGAUUUUAUUUAUUUAUUUGUCAGAGAGAGAGAGAGCACAUAAGCAGGCAGAGCGGCAGGGAGAGGCAGAGAGAGAAGCAGACUCCCCGCUAAACAAGGAGCCCGCUGUGGGACUCAUCCCAGGAUCCUAGGGUCAUGACCUGAGCAGAACACGCGGCUUAACCACCCACUGAGGACCCAGGCGCCCCAGGGGCUUUUCAUUUUACAAUGAAAUGUUCACUAUCUCACGUAAUUGACUGAAAACAGAACAGCUGUUCGGGCUUCAAAUGGCUGUAUCGGUCGUUUACCCUUAUGAUCUCUGGGCUGACUGAGCUGCGGCAUGCGGUGUGCGCCGUUGGUGCCCAGCGUCCUGAGAGAGGGGCACACUGCAUGCCGCCAGCCCAGGAAGAGAUCCACAUUCAGUAUGUGAAGUAUGGUUUCUGGUGGACACGUAUUGCUUUUUGCACUGUUGAAAGAGUUGAAAAAUCCCAAGUCAACCACCGGAAGUCCCGGCGGUGCAUCCCUGUUUUCCAACUGCUGUGGCUCUGAACCCUCAAGUCGACUUCAGUUUCCAGAGCCCACCAGCAGGGGGAGGUGGUGCGACAUGAAUUAUGCUCAGAGCUUUGUCUUUGAGGAGUUGCCCCUCUCUUCCCAACACCCUCCUCCUCUGGGAGUAAGUGGCUGGGGAGAGACUGCUGAAAUGACAGGGGUUUUAACCAAAGCUGGUGCCUGAUUUGCCACAUUCCUCUGAUCUUGGAGUAGCUGCACGGUGGGAGAAGACCACCCAGAAUCGGGGCAUCAGGGUUAUGUUUCUGAAGCCCAGUGCCUUCAUCUGUGAAAUGGUCGAGCACUUCCAGACCUGUCAGCUUCGGGGCUGUGGAAGAAUCUGGGUCACUGGAUGUAAAGAGGCUUAAUAAAGAGUAUAGAUAUUUUUAAAAUGAAGAUGACUUUUUUCUUACUACAAAAGUGCUAUUAAUGCUUUUUAAAAAGUCAUAGGAAAACUGUAGAAAAAAUGUAACUGUAGAAAAGUACGAAACAAGCUACAUCAGAGAUAUUUUGAUAUAUACCCUUUCAGUGUCCAUAAUCGCACAUUUUAAAAGACCCAAAUAUAGUAUCUUUGACAUAUACUGUUACUUAAAUAAUCUUUUUUUUUUAAACAUAGUUUGGCCAUCUUUUCAUAUCUGUAAAAAUAGCUCAACGUAAUUACAGUAGUUACCAUUACACACAUAUACCGUUUUAUGAAUGUAUUAGAGAUUUUAUUUUUCCAGAUUUUUAUGUUUCUACCUGUCAAGAUAAUACAUUGUGAUUGUGAAAAACGAAAGGAUUACAGAAAGUGGCAAUGCACACUGUCUACUGUUUUUAGCAAUAUGAUAGGUAUUCUUCCAGGAAUUCGAAAAAAAUGUAUCACAUCCAUAAUAAUUGUAAAUAAAACUUAAAAACA